AUGACCGUCGACCCCCUCCCAGAUCACCGAGCAGUGCGGGAGGCGUUUGAACAGGAGAUUUACUCUUCAUCGGGCACACCGCUACGAUUUGGUUCCCUGUUCUACGACUGCGACGUCUACCCAGCUGAAAAAAGAAUCCUCGUCGUGUUCAUCAGGCAUUUCUUCUGCGGGAACUGCCAGGAAUACGUCCGGAGACUGUCUUCGACUGAGUCGCCGUUCCAUCCAUCUCAGAAGUCACACCGGCCAUCCAGGGCAUUAGCUUCCACAACGAACUUUUCCAAACCCGCCUCCCGUACCCUUCCCACCGUCAUAAUCAUUGGCCCUGGCCAGCCUACUUUGAUUGCGUCCUACAAGAGCGUGACACAAUGUCCUUUUGACAUUUACGCCGACCCUUCUACACGCUUGUACGAGCUCUUGGGAAUGUACCGCACGUUAUCUCUCGGUCACAGAGCUCCCGGCUACAUUGAGCAUUCCCUCUUCAGCGGCGCUCUCAAAUCUGCUUGGCAAAUCGUCCGUCGCGUCGGCAACGGGGAUGCGAUGAGUGGAGGGGACUGGGACGUGAAUGGUGGCGAGUUUCUAUUCGUCAGAUCGGCGUUUGGCAGGCCUUCGAUGGGUUUGAAAUCUACUUCCCUUUCAAGAUCGAGGUCGAGGUCGAGGUCGAGGUCGAGAUCUAGGAGUAACGAUUUCCGAGACUGGGACGUUUCGUGGUGCCAUCGAAUGCUUAACUCUAGAGACCACACCGAAGUCAUGAAUCUGCAAUAUCAUGCUUGUCUCCCAGAACUGUCAUCUCGAGCAACCUCGCGGACUUCGUCCCCUGCGCCGCUGAAGUCAAUUCUGAUCAAUGGCGGCAGAGCACAUUCCAGAACGCCCUCAAGAAGCUACUCAGCCGAGCGCCUUGGUUCUUGUCCAGGUCCGGACAUCCCAAAAUCUCGUGAAGAGGUCUUUUUGAGCCAGCGCCUCGGUCGCCCGCAUUCCAGGGGUCCUUCCACAUCCAAAUCUCAUCGCCGCCAGCGUUCGCGGAGCACGAGCGUCGGGUCCCAAACGAACCAUACGGCCAAACAAAAUCACAAAAGAGUCUGGUCGGGUAUCAGCAACGCAAGUUCAUCGCGUCUGGAUGGUGUAGCCGGUCCCAUCUCGGAAGCUGUGGAGGAGGACUUCAAGCCACGAAAGAGCUUCUCGGCCACAGUUGCAGAGGGUGUAAAGUCUGGUAUUCUUUUAAAGCGAUCGAGGUCUUUUUCGAGUCCGGCACGGGCAGACGCUACUGAGGGCGGUAUGGCAGCCACUCAAUCGCGUCCACGGAGCAGGACGAGUGUUUCUAAAUCAGGGUUCAAAUCAGACGUCGCUCAUUUUCCGCCUCGCAGUGAAUCUGAGUCGAAGCAAAAGCUCAAAGACAUCAUCUUGCCCUCUUCCACCACCACACCCUUACCUCUUGGCGAACCUCUCACGCCAAAACCUCAGCGCAAGCAUGCGCGGUCCAGAACUUUCUCAUUCUCCCGGCCGAGUCUACCCUUGCGAAGACGAGCAGCAAGCCAGAUCGACAUGGGGGAGGAUGGCGUCAUGUUCGUCGAUGGCGUAGAGUUCGUGAACGUCAUCAGCGUCAAGGCACGGAUUGAUACUAGCAGUGCCCGGGAUCAGAGAAGAGAAAGGGCAGAUAGUGGACUCGGCAUGGAAGUCGAGACGGGAUAUGGCAAAACAGCCCAGAGAAGCGAAGUCAAAACAGAUAUGCCAGGGAACAAGAAGAAGUAUUCCGUGUUGACUUCUCUUCCAGAGAUCCGGACCGACCCGGUGAAUUGGGCGGCUGGACUCUGA